CUGAAUUCAUGACAUGGAAACCAAAAUCAUCUACUUCACGGUGAACGGAAAACCGGAGCAAGCCGAGUUCCCGGUGGAUUGUCCUGCACAGGAUGUCAAAGAUCUGUUCCGAGCUGCAGCCGAGGCCGGACCCCACGACAUCCUGAAGCUGUACAACCCCAAAGGCAGCAUCAUCAACAUCUCCCAGAACCUGGAGCCCAACACCUCCAGCUCAUGCUACAAGCUGGAGGUGGUGGCUGCAGACUGCAACACCAACUUGGAACUUUGCACAACCUCAUUGAUGCUGUGUGAUGUCAGGCUGCAGGGCCUGGAGAAGAAGAUCCUGAUCGAGGCCGGUGAGACUCCUGCAGUCGUGUAUGAGAUGAAGAAACAGGUGGAUUCAUUCAGGGAGAAACUAGAGAGUGUGGAGCACCUGAGCUGGCUGGGACUGUUUAAAGACCUUUCAGAGGGAACGCACAAACCCUCCCCGUUCUACCACAAGAGAUCUCUGCAUAAAACCAGGAAAGAGUGUGAGCAUGUCCGGGAAAAGUUUCUUCAAAUGAGCUCCCUGGAGGUAUCCGAGGAAGUGAGGCAGUAUUUAAAGACUCCAACCUUUGACAACUGGCAGUGGGAGGAUGCAGAGAUCAUGGUGCUCCUGCAGGUCAUGUACACAGAUUUAGAUUUCAUAGCCACGUUCAACAUCGAGCCCGAAGUGCUGCAACAGUUCCUGUUCGAAGUUUAUCGACGAUACAACAACAUCCCUUUCCACAACUUCAAGCACUGCUUCUGUGUAACCCAGAUGAUGUAUGGUUUGAUCUGGCUGACUGACCUGAGGAGCGAGAUGGACAGCAUCGACCUACUCAUCAUGUUGACCUCUGCCGUCUGCCACGACCUUGACCACACAGGAUACAACAACGCCUAUCAGAUAAAUGCUCGGACCGAACUCGCUCUCCGCUACAACGACAUCUCUCCCCUGGAGAACCACCACUGUGCUGUGGCGUUUGAGAUACUGGAGAAGUCAGAGAGCAACAUCUUCAGGAACGUCUCCAUGGAUCAAUACAAGCGGAUAAGAGAAGGCAUCAUCAAAUGCAUUCUGGCCACUGACAUGACGAGACACAACGAGAUCCUCAACAAGUUCAAGUCCAUCCUGCCAGUUUUUGACUUCACUAACAAGGACCACAGAGACGUGCUGAUGAUGAUCCUGAUCAAAGUCAGCGACAUAUCCAAUGAGGCGCGGCCUAUGGAGGUGGCUGAGCCCUGGCUGGACUGUCUCCUGCAGGAAUUCUACAACCAGAGUGACAUGGAGAAGCUGGAGGGUCUCCCAGUCACCCCCUUCAUGGAUCGGGACAAAGUGACCAAACCUUCAUCUCAAACAGGCUUCAUCAGAUUUGUGCUGCUGCCUCUCUUCAUCGAGCUGGCAAACCUCUUCCCCUGCCUCGAGCAACACAUCAUCAACCCGGUGAGGAAGGCUCUGGAUUACUACACAGAGAUGGAGAAAGCCCUGGAGAGAGAGAAACAGAACCGCGCUCAGAGCGAGAAUACAGCCAAGAGUAAGGAGACGUCUGUGGGCUCACAGAGCAGAGCCAACAGCCUGACUGAUGAUCGACCUGAGGCCUCCAAAGCAGACACACUGUGAACAGAUAUAGUUUAAAUAGUAAGAACUGAGCUGGGCACCAUUAUACAACGAUUACUAUUUUAAAGUUUUGAUUUAUUGACGUAUUUGAACCACAUAAAUCUGUACUUUAAGGAGUAUAUUUAAUAUGAUCACUGCUGUCUCAGUUGGAUUUGUGCACGCAGUAACAAAUGAAUAAAACAAGAUAAUAAAAACAAAAAAAGACAAAAGCAACAGUGUCUGAAAAAGAGUAGGAAGAAGUUAAACUUAUACACCCCUACCCCUCUCUCACAUUUCUUCUAUUAGUUCAUAAAUGAUUCCGACAAAUGCUCACAAUUAUUUACAAUAUCAACAAACGUAUCCUCAGUUUGUUUGCACCUAAAACAAAUAAAUAAAUAACAAUCCCAUAGGAUUACAACUAAAACAACUUUUCCUCUUGAAAAAAUCGUUUUUUGAAUUGAUUAAUAUUUGUGUUUUGUUUCAGCUCCUCACCUCGUACCGACAUACCCUCUCUGUCAAAAAAUAUUCUUUAUGAAUGUCGCCUGUAACUGAAUUAUUUCUUGCUUUAAACAAGAUUAUUGCAAUUUUCAAUUUGACCAGAUCGAUACAUUUCAGAGCAUGUGACUUUAAAAACAGUGUGUUAGUGUGUUCCCUAAACCCCACACUGUGUACUAUCCUGAUCGCUCUCUUUUGAAGUAUGCAUAAUGAUUGUAAGAUGAUGACGUGUUAAUAAUUGUAAUGUGAGGAGAGAUGAAACCUAACUUGAACUUUAUGACUCAUUUGAUACACAAAUACCAUCAAUAAGUGCUUUUGAAAUUUAACAAUCUUGUACGGCAGAUACAAUCAUUUCUGAUUUAUAAAUGUUUCAUUUGUGGAUGUGAAGUUUUGCACAAAUUUGUCGAUAUAAUGUUUCAACGUCUUGCUGGAUUUAUUUAUUUGAAUUUGUCAGUUCUGUGAGUGCUGGAGUUGUUUUGUUAAAAUCAAAUUAUUGUUUGAUUGCAAUCUUAAACGCAUGAAUCACCUUCCAUGAAUCGUUUGCUGCUUUUUGCUAUAGUAUGUAAAAUGUAGUAUUAGAAACCACAUUUUAAAGUUGUAUUUUAGGAUUGACAGUGUUCGGUGUCAACAGGUGUAGGAUGGACUUCUAGCCUGUAGGUGUCACUAUAGGACCUGUAACGGUGGUUACGUGUGCCUUUCAUUACUGUCAAUAUCAGUGUUGAAAUGUUUCCAUCAAUCAUGAGUGAAUGACGACAACACAGAGGAAACACGCUGUGGAAAGACUGCGACACGUUUCAUGUUUCAUGACUCUGAACAGCUGAUCAGUCCUGAGCUGCUGUUUUAGGGCUCACCACAAACCUGCACUUCCUAGUUAAUCAUAGUAUAUAUCAAGAAUUAAAUAGAAGAAUUGAAACAUAUCAAACAUCACUAGGAAAAUAAAUGUCAUCAAUUGGGAUGUUUGACAGUCGUAUCCAUGGCGACAACAUGCAGUGAUGGUUAUUUAUUUAGGUUACAAACAAAACACUAACAUAGAUUUUUAUCUCACCUGUUGGAUUGAUUUUACUUGAUCACACUAAAGUAUUUACAUCGACAUGUCAUUGUUGGUUGUUGGGUUUUUAGCCUAUAGGUAUAGGCUUAAAUAUAGGUCUACCUGUUUUUUAAGUUUAAUUUACAGUCUUGUGUCAUUGACCAAAAUGUAGUAACUUAUUUUAUUUGAUC